AUGUCGCGGCUAGCGUUUCUCCUGGCCUGCGCCUUCCUCGCCGUCUUUUGCGACGACGAGAUCAAUUCGCUGCCUGGCGUCGAGUUCGACAUCGACUUCAAGCACUACUCCGGCUUCCUCCAGGUCUCCGACAACCACGUCCUUCAUUACUGGUCAGCUUUCCCCUUGAAAACUUUUUCAUUCUGUUUUUUGAGGUUUGUCGAAGCACAGAACGACCCGAAGAACGCGCCGCUGAUCUUCUGGUUCAACGGCGGCCCGGGAUGUUCCUCGCUCGAUGGUCUUCUCAACGAAAUGGGCCCGUACGUGGCGAAUCUCGACGGAAAGACGCUCCGCAAGAAUGAAUAUUCCUGGAAUAAGGUGCGUUCUAUGAAAAAAAAAAUCAAGUUCUUUCUGAUUGUUCCGCAAUUAUACUGUUGGUUCGAAAAUUGAUUUUCUCAUAGUUUGAGGCCUGUUUUUCAAAGGAACUGCAAACUAUUCCUCUUUUCUAUGUCUUAGGGACCUUUUUUCGAACUCUUUCGGAUGAAAUGAUUGAAUUAAUUGACAUAGUACUCGAAUAUACAGGGGUCAGGGUGCUUAUCACUUUCGUGUAUCCAUAUUAUUUAUCGAGCUUUUUCAAUUACAGUACUGGCCAUAAAGGUAUUUCAAAGUGGUUAUUCGAGCAUAACUUCUCUGAAAGUGACUCAAAUGACUUGAAACUUCGCACAGAUUUCAAAUAGCUACGCAGUAACAUUUUCUCGAAAGGAAAACUCACUUGCUCGAGUCAGACAGGAUUUGAAAGCAAAAAACCAAAAAUCGUGAAAAUGAAUAACGGCUUUCCAAAAAACCUAAUCAGCCCCAUACCAACCCGAUGGUAAAAGCGUAGUGACUUUUUCUUCGAAAGGCCUUUGCGUUUUGACGCCUCGUCAUUCAAAUGGACUAUACGAGGUCAUUUUUGUUUGAGAACACCCUGUUUCAUGUUGAAGAACUUCAAAACCUCCUCAAGAAUAGUUUCACACUGUUUUCCUCAGCUUUCUCACUUUACCCGCUCUCCAGAACUCACUAACUUCUCUGGGACCGACUUUGAACUUCUGAUUCGAACAGUUUUUCUGGACUUGCGGGCAUUCAAAGGAGUUUUUAUCUGAUCAAUCGCUUUUCAAUCGUGAAUUCGAAAAUAAUUAAUGGCUGAAAUGCAGGCUCCUACUUCCUAAAGACUGCUAAUUUUUUUGCUGAAGCAUUAGUUUCACAAGACCAAAAGCUUAUUUUCCCAUAAAAUUUAAAGAAAAAUUUUACAGUGCCUAUUUUCGAUCUGAGAGCUAGGAAGAGGAGUUACAAAUUUAUCUCAUGAUCUAAAACAUUUAAAAAAUAUGAAAAAAAGGGGUUUUUAUCAUCUUUCACAAGAUUUGGAGCCUUCUAAGCAACACUUGCUGAAACGAAGUUUUGAGAACUUUAAGAAACUCAUUAUAACUCAAUAUAUCUUUUUGAAUAAGUAAGCGAAACACAGUGAGUCUCCUUUUUAUUUUCAUUCAUCAAGGUUCUGGAAAAAGCUUUGGAAUCUGAAAUGAGAAAUCGAGAGUGUUCUGAUUUUUGAAAAAAACGAGCAUAACCGCUUCAAAUCAGAGGUUCAAAAAUCGGUCCCAGAGAAGUUAGUGAGUUCUGAAGAGCGGGUAAAAGUGAGAAAAACUGAGGAAAACAGUGUGAAACUAUUCUUGAGGAGGUUUUGAAGUUUUUUUCAACAUGAAACAGGGUGUUCUAAAAACAAAAAAAUGACCUCGUAUAGUCCAUUUGAAUGACGAGGCGUCAAAACGCAAAGGCCUUUCGAAGAAAAAGUCACUACGCUUUUACCAUCGGGUUGGUAAGGGGCUGAUUAGGUUUUUUGGAAAGCCGAAGACUUGUUUUACUGGGGAAAAAAGUUUCUGAUUGAAAAUCGAAGUUUCUUUGAAGAUAUGAUUUUUCGAAUCUCUAGAGAAAAAUCUUCAUUUUCCAGAUUUUUGGUUUUUUGCUUUCAAAUCCUGUCUGACUCGAGCAAGUGAGUUUUCCUUUCGAGAAAAUGUUACUGCGUAGCUAUUUGAGAUCUGUGCGAAGUUUCAAGUCUUUUGAGUCACUUUCAGAGAAGUUAUGCUCGAAUAACCACUUUGAAAUACCUUUAUGGCCAGUACUGUAUAUUAAAUGGUGAAUUUAUUAUAUUUUAUUUGCUACCUACUAUCUUUGCUCCGAGCGGUGAAUAAAUCCGCGGGAAAUCGAGAAUUUCGAAAGAAUAAGUAUAUAUGCGAGAAAAAAAUCCGCGUUGCAAAGAAAAAUGUUUUCCUUCUCAGGAAAUGUUUUGUAAGUGUGUUGUUCUCAGCUCGCUUCGGUCGUCUACAUCGAAGCGCCGGCCGGCGUCGGCUACUCCUACGCCACCGACGGAAACAUCACCACCAACGAUGACUUGACCUCCCUCGAGAACUACGAGGCCGUCAAGCUCUUCUUCAAGGUUUCCAACUCUUGAGGGGCGACCGCAACGAAUGGAUUUCCAGAAGUACCCGCAGUUCCGUCAUCAGCCGACUUUCAUCAUGGGCGAGUCCUACGGCGGCGUCUACGUUCCCACUCUCACGGCUCGUAUCGUCGACGGACAGGCUGAUUUCCCCAUCAAUUUGAAGGUCUUUAGACAAAAAAAAAGACUAAUUAUCACCCACAAAAUCCAAUUGAACCUCAGAAAAUGAAGUGACCAGGGGAACAAUUUAAUGAGAAGCAGAGGAAGUUUUCGAGAUUUUAACCAGUCAGUUCAACAGGUGAUACAACUUCAAAAAGGAAUAAUUUAAAAUAGGCUAGAACAGCUUAAAGCGUUGCUGUUUGAAUCGCUCUUAUGGCCCUUCAGCAGCUCUCGGAUAGUUUUAAAUAGACACUCGCGCAAGCCGUUCUAAGUCGGGUGUAAAAACCGCUACACAGUCACUUCGAGUUUAUUAUUUCCACUUGCCGCUUUUUAGUUAUAACAACCGAGAAGCUAGAGAUUUUAGUAAAAGAUUUGUGCGGCUUGAUUCUUCUGAACAUAUUUUCAAAAUUUGAAAAACAAGUAAAAGCUAGAAUAAUAUUCAAAUUCCCCUUCACAAAAGUUUCUGUGUAGGUGAUAACGCGUUGAUUUAGUAUUUAUUUGAAAAUCACUCUCAGUCAAAGGGAAAUAUUUCAGGGAAUGGCCCUCGGCAACGGAUACGUAAACGAGAAGCUGAACAUCGACACCUCGGUGAGGUACGCCUACGGCCACGGACUCAUCGACGAGAAGACGUGGAACACGUUGGAGCGCGACUGCUGCCAGGGCUGCAUCGACAGCUGCGACCUCACCAAGGUCUUUCGGCCUGUCCCGAAGAGUCCCAUCGGAAUCCUUUGCAGGUGGAGGGACACUGCGCGACCAUGGUCGAAGACAUCUUCCAGUUCUUGUGGGCUGGAGGCCUCAAUCCCUACGACCUCUACCGCGACUGCGAUCCCAAUCCUGACGUCAACAGCAACCGCCUCAAGCACAUGCUUAAGGGUUUUUCCGGCUUUCUUCUGGGUUCUGACCAAAAAGGAACCAUUCAGGAGUCGCUCCGAUGUCCGUCAGCUACGAAAAGUCGUUCAAGAACAAGACUAGCGACAAGUUGCUCAAGUUCCUUCGCGUCAGUUUUCCUUUUUUUUUCUGUGCAAAAAAUACCCAAACAUUUUUUGGGGAAUGCGCUUUGGAAAGAAUUGAAAAUAAAUAUUAUUUAUGAAAAAUCUUGCAAAAAAACUUCAAGGGGUUUUUCCGGCUUUCGAAAUCAUACUUCUUAUCCCACUGUUAAUUUUUCAGAACGGUGACGUCGCAUAAAAAAGUGGAAAAAUAUUAUAUCAAUUAAGUAAUAAUCAAAUCAUCCAGUCGGAUUCAGAAAAACGCGCCUCUUUACGGCGACGCCCCGUGCCUCAACGAUACCGACGUCAUUUCCUACAUGAACAACCCCGCCGUCCGAAAGGCCAUCAACGUGCCUUUCAACCUCGGCAAAUGGGACAUCUGCAGGUUUCUAUCUUCAAGAAAGCGAACCCCUUUUUCUCACGCCUUCCAAUUUUCUGUAGCUUCUAGAAUAAAUCAGCUUUUUACGGUUCUAAUGGAUGGGAUAAAUUGUGUUCGUGGAGAAUUUCAAAUAAUUGACUCUUUCAGCGACAAAGUGACGACGACCUACCAGAAGCAGUACGGCGACAUGGCGCCGUUCAUCAAGAAGAUCGUUAACGCCCACGUCCGCGUCCUGCUCUACUACGGAGACGUGGACAUGGCCUGCAACUUCAUGAUGGGCCAGCAAUUCGUCGACCAGCUCGGCCUCCGCGUACGACUCCGUCUUCCAUGAACUCCAUUAUGAUGAGAUUCCAGAGAACCCUGCGCAAGACGCCUUGGAAGUUCGACCGACAGAUCGCAGGAUUCAAGACUCUUUUCGACGGUCUCACCUUCAUUACAGGUGAUCUCAACACGAAGAUCCUUAAUUAGACAGAAUUUCAGUUCGUGGCGCUGGACAUAUGGCUCCGCAGUGGAAGGCCCCUCAGAUGUACUACGCCAUCCAGCAAUUCCUUCUCAACCAUCCUAUUUAA